AAAAAAAAAAUUAAUCAUCUAACGAAUUCCAUUGAACAAAAACAUCGCAAAAUUCUAAUCUGCUUUUUCCAUUUGCAUCUGGGUUUCAUUUGCAUUUCAUUUCGCUGCCUGCCUGCCUCUCUUCAUUAUUUCCCUCCCCGCAUGUCAUUUCCCUCGUCUUUUCCUACAUUCACAUAAAUACAAUUUCAAUUUAAUUUCCCUUUUUUCUCCUUAUUUCUUUUAAAACAAAUAAAAGAACACAGAGCGAGGAAUGAUAGAAGAAAGGUCGAAACUCGACCGAUCUCCAAAACGACUCGUUUCGCUCAGCGCGUCGCGAUCCGGAACCCCGACCCCAGCGCCGCUUCACAAAUUGCUCACUGCGUCGAGAUCGCUCCGCCGGCGUUGAGUUCGCGCGCAUCGGAUUGGAUCUGAGAAAUCGGUGAUCGGAUCUGAGGGCGGCGGUGGUGGAACGAUGCCGGCUCACGCGGAUCUGGACCGUCAGAUCGAGCAUCUGAUGGAGUGCAAGACGUUGCCGGAGGCAGAGGUGAAGACGCUGUGCGAGCAAGCCAGGGCGAUCCUCGUGGAGGAGUGGAACGUACAGCCGGUGAAGUGCCCCGUUACGGUGUGUGGGGAUAUUCACGGCCAGUUCUACGACCUCAUUGAGCUCUUUCGGAUAGGAGGCAACGCCCCCGACACUAAUUACCUUUUUAUGGGUGAUUAUGUAGAUCGUGGGUACUAUUCUGUGGAGACUGUCACACUUCUGGUGGCCCUGAAAGUCCGUUAUAGAGAUAGAAUUACAAUUCUCAGAGGAAAUCACGAGAGUCGGCAAAUUACUCAAGUGUAUGGUUUUUAUGAUGAGUGCUUGAGAAAAUAUGGGAAUGCCAAUGUCUGGAAGUUCUUUACUGAUUUAUUUGAUUAUCUUCCCCUCACAGCCCUUAUUGAGAGUCAGAUUUUCUGUUUGCAUGGGGGCCUUUCCCCAUCUUUGGACACAUUGGACAAUAUCCGAGCCUUGGAUCGUAUACAGGAGGUUCCACACGAAGGACCAAUGUGCGAUCUCUUGUGGUCUGAUCCAGAUGACCGCUGUGGAUGGGGAAUAUCUCCACGUGGUGCUGGUUAUACAUUUGGACAGGAUAUAGCUGCUCAGUUCAACCAUACCAAUGGACUGAGUCUCAUUUCAAGAGCUCAUCAGCUUGUAAUGGAAGGGUACAAUUGGUGUCAGGAAAAGAAUGUGGUGACUGUUUUUAGCGCUCCAAACUAUUGUUAUAGGUGUGGGAAUAUGGCUGCAAUAUUGGAAAUUGGGGAGAACAUGGACCAGAAUUUCCUGCAGUUUGACCCAGCCCCACGUCAAAUUGAGCCCGACAACACACGCAAGACUCCAGAUUAUUUUUUGUAAUUUCAGUAUCUUACAGGGGGCUGUUUGUAAUCCAUGUUUUCUGCCAUGUUACUGUAGAUGUGUCUUUAAGGGGAGUCGAGUUCCGUUGUUUAAGUUGAGGGUUAUGGUCAACAUGAUUCUUUGUUUGGAGUUUUUGUCCCUGCUGCUGCUGCUUUGUUGAAUUUCUGAAGAAACUCGUUAGGAGAACUGACAUUAGUCACCAAUGGCCUGUGGCUCUUGUCUUUGUAUAUUUUUCUGAGAGGAAACGUCAAUAACAUGGUAUAUCUCGUUCUGUAAUUUUUCCAACUUCAACAUAGAAAAAGCUGAUUUUUCAAACA